CCCCCGCCAGGGUCUGGCAGUCAGUCACGUGCCCUGCCGCGUAACCACACCUCUGCUCCUCAGAGCUAAGUCAAGCGGUCACGUGUGAUAGCAACAGAUCACGUGGCUGCCAUUGCUCCUCCGCCCCUUUCUCCUCCCCGCCCCCUUCCCGGUCAAAGCCUCUCCUGGCUGCUCCUCUGCGCAUGAGUGUCUCUCGUACGUGCCCCGAACGUCCGGCGUUCGCCCCGCCCCUCCAGUUUCCGCGCGCCUCUUUGGCAGCUGGUCACAUGGUGAGGGUGGGGGUAAGGGGGCCGCUCUAGCUUGCGGGCUGUGUCUAUGGUCGGGCCCGUAGCGUCCAGCUGCACCGGACAGAGCUCGAGUGUAUGGCGCCUCAGGAUCUGGCUCCGGGGCCCCGAUAACGGGCCGCCCCCGCAGCUCCCGGCACGGAGUGAGGUAAGUAUAGACCCUUCCCAGGAAUGGGGACCAUUUUCGUCCUGCACGGCUUCCUACACGAGCAAGUUAUGGAAGGAUGGCUCGAGGGCGGGAAGUGGGGCAGGGUGUAAUUUGUUCCUUUGUGGUCAUAUGGAGGUGUCAUUUUAGGGACUGGAUGUCGGAUCUUCGACGCAGGGGGUGUGUCGUGUGAGAUCAACCUUGUGCGGGGCGCGAUGGUCUGUCCCAAAGGAAGAGGAAUUUUUUAUUUUAGGGCUUCACGUGGCUGGAGGGGUUGGAGUUAGGGUCAUUGUGUUACCUGAGGGGCCAGCCUCGUGGAAGAUUGGGGAAGGGACGGGAUGCUGAUGGUGGUGUCUUUGUAAUGUCUUUUGUGGGAGUCACUUUAUUGCUGCAGGCUUACACCAUCUGAACUUUGGAAGGGAUUUUCAGUGGCAGGAGUCUCUGUGAUUGUAGGGUCUCCUCUGAUCUGAGAAUGGCUACUCCUCGAUAUGAGCCAGUGGCCGAGAUUGGUGUUGGUGCUUAUGGAACUGUGUACAAGGCCCGUGAUCCCCACAGUGGCCACUUUGUGGCCCUCAAGAGUGUGAGAGUCCCUAACGGAGGAGGUGCUAGCGGGGGCCUACCCAUCAGCACAGUUCGUGAGGUGGCCUUACUGAGGCGGCUGGAGGCUUUUGAACAUCCCAAUGUUGUCCGGCUGAUGGAUGUCUGUGCCACUGCCCGAACUGACCGAGAGACCAAAGUGACCCUGGUGUUUGAGCAUGUGGACCAAGACCUAAGGACAUAUCUGGACAAGGCACCCCCACCAGGCUUGCCAGUGGAGACUAUCAAGGAUCUGAUGCGCCAGUUUCUAAGAGGCCUAGAUUUCCUCCAUGCCAACUGCAUUGUUCAUCGAGAUCUGAAGCCAGAGAAUAUUCUGGUGACAAGUGGUGGGACAGUCAAGCUGGCUGACUUUGGCCUGGCCAGAAUCUACAGCUAUCAGAUGGCACUUACACCCGUGGUCAGUAGAAAGGUUGUUACACUCUGGUACCGUGCUCCGGAAGUUCUUCUGCAGUCUACGUAUGCAACACCUGUGGACAUGUGGAGCGUUGGCUGUAUCUUCGCAGAGAUGUUUCGUCGCAAGCCUCUCUUCUGUGGAAACUCUGAAGCUGACCAGUUAGGCAAAAUCUUUGACCUGAUCGGGCUGCCCCCAGAGGAUGACUGGCCCCGAGAUGUGUCUCUGCCCCGAGGAGCCUUUUCCCCCAGAGGACCCCGUCCAGUGCAGUCAGUGGUACCUGAGUUGGAGGAGUCUGGAGCACAGCUGUUGCUGGAGAUGCUGACUUUUAACCCACACAAGCGAAUCUCUGCCUUCCGAGCCCUGCAGCACUCUUAUCUACAAAAGGCAGAAGGUAACCCAGAGUGAGCGGUGGAGUGGCUGCAACAGGACCGAGAGAAGAAAAGCCGUCGUCUCCCUUCCUUUGAACACUUGAGUGGAGAGCCCCCCAACUGAGAAGGCGACCUCAGCUUCAUCGCUGAGGCUGUGGAAACUCCUCCCAGCUCUUCAGAGAGUAUUUUGCUGCCUUAAUGACAUUCCCCUCCCAUCCCAUCCCUCCUUUUGAACCUUAUCCUUCCCCUGCCCGUCUCCCCCCCCCCCCAUUUCCAUACACCAAGGGGUAUCUUCCUUGUUCUCCCCCUUCCUAUCUUGAUAUUGGGAUCUUUUUUUAUACAGGAAAAACAAAACAAAACAAAGAAA